CAUUCUGGCCGUGGCAGGAAACAUCGUCGGCUUGAGCAACGUGUGGAGGUUCCCCUACCUGUGCUACAAGAACGGAGGGGGAGUCACGGCGGCUCCGCGACGCAGCCGGGCAAGCGGCCCCCCAGGGCUGCACUGAUACCCAGUGGACCACGCCUUCCAGCGUUGGUUGCCGGGCCAAGGAAUGUGGCGGAACAGGCCUGUGGUUUCGCCGACGUCCCCCAUGGGCACAUUUCUGCCCGUACUGUUAAAAGACAGAGUCACAAGGAAACCAGCUCUGCUCAGAGAUGUUCUCCAGCUUCCCUUCUGCCUUCACACAAAAGAUCUUCUAUUAGGAAUAACAAUGACGACAUGAAUGACAAUAAGAAGAACUUACUUACAGGUUUCAUCAGUCUAAAGAAGACUGUCUUCAACAUCAGUACCGCAGUACUUUUCAUGCCACUUUUACUGAAUUUAUCACCGUUAAUUAUAGCACACGGCAGAAUUGAACUAAAAAGUGGUCAGUACUUUCAAAGCAGAAGCGCAGCAUAAUGGGAAACCUGUCAAUUGUUCCACUCAUCUUGAUGGGAUUAUGAUUUAAGAGUUGCUGUGUGUUUGUUUUGGUCGAGGUCAUUUCAGAUCUCCGAUCGAAGAUCGGUAGCCGGUUCCAUGUGCACCGCAGCCGCAUCGAAAGGCAGGAAACUUAAUCACCCUGUUCCCCAUAAAGGCCUGUCAUUUGCAUAUGUUCAGGAUACAGCGAGGGCCACUAGGCAAACUGGAAAAGUCACUGUGAAGACGUGGGGAAAAUGCUCAUCUCGAAAACAAAGCAUAUGGAAGAAACCUCUCUCGCACAUCCUGUGUUCUGGAAUAAAUGACACUCCUGAACACAUCGUCCAUGGAGUAUAUCAAAGUAGAUGCUGGUACAUAAUGGCGUAUGUUCAUUUUCUGUUCAAACCGUGUUUGCUGUGUCUGGCAGGGGCGUUCUUCAUCCCCUACAUUGUGUUCCUGUUCACCUGCGGAAUCCCCCUCUUCCUCCUUGAGACGGCCCUGGGGCAGUACACCAGCCAGGGGGGCAUCACCUGCUGGAGGAAGAUCUGCCCCCUGUUUGAAGGCCUGGGCUACGCCAGUCAGGUUGUUGUGUUGUACACCAGCAUCUACUACAUCGUCAUUUUAGCCUGGGCUGUGCUCUACCUCAUCUAUUCAUUCCGCUUCGAGCUGCCCUGGGCCACCUGCACAAACUACUGGAACACAGAAAAAUGUGUAGCUUUGAGCCAUAACUCCACUGACCAAAUCCUGGAUGAAAUUACCUCACCGGUGGUGGAAUUCUGGGAGAGGAGGAUUCUUGGCCUCUCCAAAGGUAUCGAAGAGUUGGGCACUGUCCGCUGGGACCUUGCUCUGUGUCUUCUGCUCUGCUGGAUCAUCUGCUAUUUCUGUGUCUGGAAAGGUGUGAGGUCCACCGGAAAGGUGGUGUACUUCACAGCCACGUUUCCCUACGUAAUGCUGGCUAUUCUGCUGGUUCGCGGACUCACCCUGCCUGGAGCUAAGGAAGGCGUCAUCUUCUACUUGUACCCCGAUGUCAGCCGUCUUGCUGACCCUCAGGUGUGGGUGGAUGCAGGGACUCAGAUUUUCUACUCUUACGGAGUGUGCACAGGAUCCCUGGUAGCUCUGGGAAGCUACAACAAGUACAACAACAACUGCUACAAAGACUGCAUGUAUCUGUGCCUCCUGAGCAGCGGCACCAGCUUUGUGGCUGGAUUUGCCAUCUUCUCCGUGCUGGGCUUCAUGGCCUAUGAGCAGGGGCUGGAAAUCUCUGAGGUGGCUGAAUCAGGUCCAGGCCUGGCCUUCAUUGCAUAUCCUCGAGCGGUGGCCAUGAUGCCCGUGCCCCAGCUGUGGGCCGUCUUCUUCUUUGUGAUGCUCCUUGUGCUGGGCCUGGAUUCUGAGUUUGUAUGUCACGAGUCUUUAGUCACUUCCAUCUCGGACCUGUACCCCACCUUCUUCAACAUUGGCCACCGCCGCAAAAUCCUCCUGCUGGUGCUCAGUGUGGGAAGCUUCCUGGUCGGCCUGGUGAUGGUCACAGAGGGAGGACUUUACAUCUUCCAGCUCUUUGACUACUAUGCGUGCAGUGGAAUGACGCUGUUGGUGUUCGCCCUCCUGGAGUCGGUGUGUGUGGGCUGGGUGUACGGCUCUCGGCGCAUGCUCAGCAACAUCGAGGACAUGAUUGGCUACCGGCUCUGGACCGUGGUGCAGUAUACCUGGGUUGUCCUCACCCCCGCUAUGUGCACAGGCACCUUCAUCUUCUCCCUGGUCAAAUACACUCCCCUCAAACUGAACAACUUAUACGAGUACCCCUGGUGGGGCUAUGCCAUUGGUGGCUUAUUCACCCUCUCCUCCACACUGUUGAUUCCUCUGUGGAUGGUCUACGCCAUGGCCAUCACCCCUGGGACCACGUGGGAGAGAGUGCGAACUCUGUGCACCCCAGCCACAGACCUACCUACUCCUCUGGAGCAGAAGCAGAACCCUACCACCUUCGAGAGCUUCACGGAGCUCUGCACCCUCCGUCCGAGCCGCACGCCGUCAGCCCAGUGGAACGGACUCGUGUGACCUCCCCCAGCCCGUGGUCAUGGCAGGCAUCCCGGCGCCUGUCAGUGGCAGGUGGCACGUUGUACUCCCGUCUUAAUCGAGGACUCAUCUAGUGUGCAGCAAGUUAUUGUUUAACUCAGUAUUUCCUCGUCAGCAGGACCACAGCGCAUCGUUCGCCAAACAUAACAUUCCCUUCAGUCCAGGUUUCCUCACAGCCAUGUGAUCCUGGUGGCCUGCAGGGUCUCUGGGCUUCCUCUCCACAUGAACUCUAAGUGCGCACCUUCACUAAAGCUCAGCUAAGACUGAACUCGUGUUAAAGCAUUCGUGCCAUGAUUUUUCAGUUGUGUUCAAAUUCAUUUUGGAAAGCCAGCUUCACUGUGCGUGUCUGUGCUCAAAUAUUUUACCAGCGUUAGAACACCUGUAAAACUAAACAAAUUAUUCAUUUACAGUCCCUACUCUAGCAGAUAACUUUUCACCUAGGGUACCUCCUGGACACGGUCAGUUCCAUCCAUACAUCACUUAUUGGUUUGUGGUAAUUCACUAUGCCUUGUGAUGCAGUCAGACACCAACAGCAGUUUACUGCAGAUGGUGAGUAAGGCACAUAUGUAAAUUGUGAAACUGUAAUUUCUAAGAAAUGCUGCAUCACCUUAAAGCAUUAUUUUUUACACCUCUUAAGCUCAAUGAAGGGUGGUGGCCAGGAGCUCAGUGCUUCACAUGCCUCUUACUGGCCCCAGAGAAUCAUUUAUACUCAUAGACCCAUGUUUACUGUAUGUCUUCAAGCCAAGAGUAUUUAUAAUAUAAUAUUCAAUUCAAUUCAAUGUAUUUUUAUAGAGCUCUUCUCUCA